UCAUUUUUCAAUAAAAGCUUCUAAACUCAACGAUUUGGCUCGAAAUCUCAGCGGUCCUCUGCCCUCCGUUUUCCUUCGGUACUUUCCACCAAAAUCAUACACAAUGUCGAGCCCAAUCCCACCCCCGCAAAAGGUUCUCCUUCUCGCAUACGACGGCAUGAACACACUCGAUUGGGCAGGACCUCUCGAGGUUCUGUCUAUGGCCACAACACCCUCUGGCUCUCCAGCCUUCGAGGUCACGAUCGCCACAGUCUCUUCUUCCCCAAACACCACCUCUCCACCCCCAUCCGUUCAGACCGCCGAACGGGGAAUCAUCACACCACACAUCAACAUCGCAUCACGCUCUCCUGAUCUUCCCCAGAUUUUGGACGAGUACCCGACCCUGGUCGUCCCCGGAGGAGAGUUAUCGACCCUUCUCACUCUCGCGAACGAUACCUCAGGACCCAUCAUCGAGUUAAUCAGAGCUUUCGCUGUCCUUCCACCGAAAGAUGCACGCGGAGACGAUCGUAUCAUCCUCGUCAUCUGUACGGGAGCAUUCUUCCUUCCUGCAACUGGGAUUCUUCGUCGACCUUCGAGUGCGGUGAAGCAGGAUAUUCAACUCGUGACGCACCAUUUAGCGCGUGAUGCGUUUCGUGCGCUGGUGGGAAAGCCGGAGUAUACGGAGAAAGGCUUCCGUUUGGAAGUAUUGGACAAGAGGUUUGUGGAUGCUGGGAAGCUGUUGGGGACAGGCGAGGGAGGCGAGGGAGUCAGGUUAAUCACCUCAGGUGGUGUGUCGGCUGGAAUGGAUGCAACACUCUAUGUCGUGGAGAGGAGGGCCGGCAUGGAAUGCGCUAAGGGCUCAUCAGAUAGGUUAGAGACUGUAUGGCGAAGGGAUGAGGGUGUGAUCGCGAGCGAUUGAAGAGACAAGCUCGUAGGAAUUUUGCCCAAGGAAGGCUGUAAUCUCAUCCCAUCGACUGUUGGGAGGAGCUAGAAUUCCACCUGUAAAAGAAUAUAAGUAUCCAGGCAUGCUCUCACGACUCAGGGCCCAUUCGGUGCGCAUCAGAAAUUGGUUCGCUAAGCUUGCUUAUGAUAUUCUGGAAUAUCUGUUUUGAAAUGAUCCAUCCGCUUUGAUAUCAUCGAGUUGUUCUCAACCGCAACGUCUAGCGACACUAGCGAUUUUUAAAGCGUACAAGGCAUUACUUACCACUGCCAUCCACAUUUGUGUGACGCCGUUU